UUUACACAAAUUAACAUGCAGAUCCUGUAAGUGAAAGAAGAUGGGGUCUGGCUGCCUAAAAGUCACCAAAUACUUCCUUUUCCUCUUCAACCUCCUGUUCCUUAUCCUGGGUGCUGUGAUCCUGGGUUUUGGAAUAUGGAUUCUGGCCGACAAAACCAGUUUCAUUGCAGUUCUACAGACUUCGUCUCCCUCCCUGAAGACUGGUGCAUACAUCCUCAUUGCUGUUGGGGCUGUCACCAUGCUGAUGGGCUUCCUGGGAUGUCUUGGAGCAGUCAAUGAAAUCCGCUGCCUCUUGGGUCUGUAUUUCACAUGCCUGCUGGUGAUCCUCAUAACUCAGGUGGCUGCUGGGCUGAUUAUCUACUUCCAGCAGGAAAUGUUGAAAGAAGAGUUGUCCCGCAUAGUUGAUAAACUGAUUCAAACUUAUGACCCUUUGAACGAGGAGGAGAAGAACUUGCAAGAUGCAUGGGACUACGUGCAGAGACAGAUUGCCUGCUGUGGCUGGGAGGGAGCAGAGGACUGGAAAAACAAUGCGAUUCUCAUCAACAAAAGCUUGACUGAAUAUCCCUGCUCCUGCUACAAUGGUUCAGAGGACUACGUGACAGAUAUUGGUUUCUGUACUGAAGGUCUCCCUUCAAACAGCACUGCGACRUUUGCUGACUGGCCUGUUCAUCAGCAGGGAUGCAUGAAUGGUGUCCAGAAGUGGCUGAAGGACAACCUUGGUAUCAUUCUUGGGGUCUGCACGGGUGUUGCUGUUGUAGAGCUGCUGGGGAUGAUACUGUCCAUUGCACUCUGCAAGAACAUACACAGUGAAGACUAUACCAAAGUGCCCAAGUCUUGAAUCUGCUGACCCAGAGCUAUGGCACCACGGAGGAAGGAGCAAACAGAACAUUCCUGCCUCGUAUCCAGACUGUCCAAUCGUUGACCAUUAUUCCUGUGACAUCCCAUUUCCGAUACCACUCUGCUAAGAACAGUUAGAGCUGCAAUAUGGCCUGAUAUUCUGGCAUUAGGGCCCUUGGGCCACUUGCAUCCUGCCCUGGGUUUAUUUCUACUUCAAGAAGCAGAACUUAACUCUCCUGUAUCACAUGAGACUGAUUAAUCUGAGGGGACAAUGCUUUUGCUGCCUGCUCCAUGUUAUACAAUCCCAUUCAUAUCUCAAUUCUUCUACAAUUCACCAGACCUAAUUCUCUUCCCUCCUAUUCCUUUUCCCUGCCACUUCCCUAUCUUCCCAGAAAGAAAAAUAAUCUUUGUCCCAUAGUCCUGUUGAGAUUCCAGUGCUUCAGCCACUUCACUGAAUUGGGGUGAUAACUAGUCAUGCUUUAUAGGCAUUCUCUUCCCUUGCAGUUACCCCACGGUGCCUCUUUCAGCCUAAACUGUCAUCUGAAACACUGAGCACUACCCUCUGCUUCUGGAGUCAGCCAAGCCUUGCCUCCAGCAGAGCUCUGCUGUGUCGUGUGGUGGGAAGGAAGGAGUCRGGCCUACCUGUUCCAGGGGUGGCCUGGCACAUCAUCGUGGUGGUGCUCAGCUGCUCUUGGCCCCAUGAGUUCUGGAGUUGACACGUUUCUCCCAUUUGCCUUUCUUCCUUGUCCUCUCACCCUAGCACUGCUUUGCUGGCUCCUGUCAGCUUGGAGGCCCUUGGCUGCGUGGUGUGGGCUAAGCCUCAGGCUGCCCCUGCUCGUUGCAUUCUUGGGUCGCCAACUUUUAUAGAGGUUAUGAUUACUUUGAUUGUCCCUCUGCUCCCAUUAUGAACAUAAGAUUUGCUAGUUAUGGCUUUUAAUUAUGAAUAUGGAGGAUAUCUGACUGGAUUGCAGACUCUUUCUUGGAGUUACCUCUGCUACUGGUGCCCACACUUGGGCUGUGUAGUUUGGAUGUAAAGAUAAGUUGCUUUUAGUUGUCUAGUCUGCUGACUCCACUGUGGUCUGGAGCUGUGACUGUUGGCUGUCCUGAAGCCUGCCUUGAGGGAAAGCCCUGCAGCAGAUGAAUAGCUCGUUUCUGCGCUGGUGAAGGCAGGGUAAUUUYUCUGUUUAAUGGCUGGGCUGUUGGCUGCAUUCAACCAAUGGCCAGAAACAAGGAGUGAUCGAGAGCAUACAGAAGUAAGAAAUGCAAGUGAAGAAUUUGCCCAGUGUCUUGGGUAAGAAAGCUGCAUGCAAAGCCUCACUCCUGGAGGUGGCUUGGGCAGAGCAGAAUUGCUGCAGUUGUGUGUGCAYGUCUGUAGCCUGACAGCGGGAAGUGAUGUGGGAGAGAAGGGCAUGGUUCUUGUCUGAGACCUCAACUUGAAUACAAGGCACUUGGUGAGAGAGCCCUUGUCUUUUCCUUACAGAUGUAGUCCAGAAACUGAGUCCUGUUUCUUGUCAAAGCUAGGGUUGAURGGAAGAGCUCUAGAAGCAAUUUAAAGGCAUGGCCUCACUGCCUACUCUGUUUUCCUUCUGACAAGAAAUGGUGAAGGCCCCUUUUUAGACACUUGGGCUCUUAGGAGUGAGGCCAUGCUCAGUCCUCAUCUCUGGAUGAAGUGAUGACUGGGGAGAGUGGAUGUAACUGGGCAGCUGACUUCAUGGAGGUCUGAUAAAGCUUUGCUAUUUUGAGAGGCCCCUGUUCCCUCCCACACAGACCCUCCAAGCUGACCUUUGCUGUAGCAGAAGGCACCCUUAGCAGUGAAGCUUGCUAGCUUUUGUAGUACCAAGUC